GGUGCAGCAGCCUACUUGUCAGGUUCGUUGUCAAUAAUCUCAUCUCUGGUCGAUUCAGCGGUCGAUAUCACAUCCGGAUUGGUCAUAUGGCUAACGGCUCGAGCUAUCCGAAAACGUGAUCCGUACAUGUAUCCUCGAGGACGAACGCGUUUGCAACCGAUUGCUUUAGUUAGUGACAUUUCGUUGGCUUAG